AUGUCUGCUACUCAGAUUGAGACUGAAUCUGAAGCUCAAAUCAACGUCAUAACCGUUGAUGAGAUGCAAAACUAUGGGAUUAACGCCUCUGAUUUACAGAAACUGAAAAGUAGUGGUAUUUAUACAGUCAAUACUGUUCUAUCCACCACUAGAAGGAACAUGGCUAAAAUUAAAGGCCUGAGCGAAGUGAAAGUAGAGAAGAUCAAGGAGGCCGCUGGAAAGAUCGUCAAAGUGGGAUUUAUACCGGCUACUAUCCAGCAGGAUAUUAGACAAAAAGUGUUUGCCCUUUCAACUGGCUCUAAACAACUCGAUUCGAUUCUCGGCGGCGGGAUAAUGACAAUGAGUAUCACGGAAGUUUUUGGUGAGUUUCGUUGCGGUAAGACGCAGAUGGCACACACUCUGUGUAUAACCGCACAGUUGCCACGCGAAAUGGGCGGUGGCGAAGGCAAAGUUGCCUACAUUGAUACCGAGGGAACGUUCCGUCCUGAAAGAAUUAAACAGAUCGCAGAAAGAUACGAACUUGACCCUGAAGCGUGCUUGGAGAAUAUAUCGUACGCGAGAGCCUUGAACAGUGAGCACCAAAUGGAACUUGCCGAGCAGUUGGCCGAGGAGCUCAGUUCUGGUGCUUAUCGCUUGAUUGUAGUGGACUCCAUCAUGGCAAACUUCAGGGUUGAUUACUGUGGACGGGGAGAACUGAAUGAAAGGCAGCAGAAGCUCAACCAGCAUCUUUCCAAAUUGAAUAGAUUGGCGGAAGAGUUUAAUAUUGCUGUCUUCAUGACAAACCAGGUGCAGUCCGACCCUGGUGCUUCUGCGCUGUUCGCCUCCGCAGAUGGAAGGAAACCGGUCGGCGGUCACGUAUUGGCUCACGCCUCGGCAACUAGAAUUCUUUUGAGAAAAGGUCGCGGCGAGGAGAGAGUCGCCAAAUUGCAGGACUCUCCAGAUAUGCCAGAGCGGGAAUGUGUCUAUGUGAUUGGCGAAAAGGGUAUCACCGAUUCUGACCAGUAA